AUGCUCGCGAGCCGGGCAUUGGCCUGCCUCACUUUUGUCUGCUGUGCUCUGCCUGCGCGCGGCUUGUAUGCCACCAUUCAUUGGGAAACGUCGCGCAAAUUUUGGUUCGGCUUUCUCUUCGUUGCGGUGAUUUGCGCGAAGCUUCUGCAUAUUUACGCCCAUUACGACUCUGUGCCGCUCGGAAAAUUAUUACUUUGGGGCUCAACAUUCUUCGGACAGGAUGCGCUUUUCCUAUUUUUUGGGCAUCUUUUGACUCGCAACUUCCAGUGGUUAUGGGUGCGCAUUUUGGCGGGGGCAGUGGUGAUUUGUGCCAGCCUCAUCCUCUCCGUUAUGGCCGCCGCGAAUACCUCCUUCUUUUUCACAACCGGUGCUGAGAUCCACUGGCGCCAAGCUGGUGGCUUCAAUCGCGAUCCCGCAUCGAUCCAUACCCUACUCACCGGUUUGACCGGACUCAUCAUUGUCGAAAUUCUAUACAUUAUCACGGCUGCGUUGACGACGCCUUAUAUUUACAACGUCGUGGAUUAUAUCAUCGGAACCUGGGCCACGGUUCUCGGGGCUGUCUGCAAGCCUCUGGUCAACAUGGUGGUCAACAUGGUGGCUAAGCGAUCGGGCCGAGGAAGGAAGGUUUUCGAGCGGCUGAAGAUCUACGAGCCUGUACCACUCGGCGACUACGAUGAAGAAGAGGAUAAGGCUGGACUGCAUGCCGCGCCUCUUCUUGACCACCCGCCUCUGCCUCCGCCUCCCGUCGAGAAUAACCGUUCCAAAAUUUGGCUCAAACGUGCCCUGGUCAUGAUCCCAACCGGCCUGAUCUUCUUCCUUCGCCUCGUUCGCCCCUACGACGAAUCAUACUGGUUCCUUUCCCAAACGAUCGUCGCUUCUCCAUUUGCCGGAGUGGACUCUCGAGGCAAGCUUGCGGGCAUGGCCGAACAUUGCGAAAUCGACGGCAAGACUACGGCUUUGACUGCGACUCCUCAAUUCGACUGGCUUCCCGAAGGCGAAUGGCCUGGAUUCAGAGAUUGGCAGGAUGACAAGUACCAGCACUACAACGCUACCGAAGAUCCCCUCCACAUUUCCAACCUCGAUCAGGAUAUCCUCGAGCCUCUGCGCGACGUGCUUGCGAAGGGAGACGUCAAGAUCAAGCACGUUCUAGUGUUCAAAAUGGAAAGCACUCGUCAGGAUGUGUUCCCUUUCAAGAAUGGCAGUUACUUCCACGACCGAAUCAAGCAGUCAUACAGUGACGAAAAAAUCCCUAAGAGGGUCCAGAAGCGCUUGACGCAAUUGACUCCUACUGCGGAACGCUUGACCGGUGCCCAGUCGGGCUUGAACCCCAAGCACCCUGUCAAGCCGUACGGUGGUAUCAGUAUGACCAACUCCUACACCUCGGGAACCUUUACCUUGAAGAGUAUCGAGGGCACUACUUGUGGUCUUUCCCCUCUGGUUGUCGAUUUCAACCACGAAUACGAGCACCACAUCUACCAGCCUUGCAUGCCGCACGUCCUCGAUGUCUUGAGCGCCGGCACCAACAACAGCAAGAGCAAGAAUUUCAUCGACUGGCCGUGGCGCCCCCGAUUCAUGCAGACUAUCACCGAUACGUAUGACCACCAGGAUCGUCUUACUCCAGCCCUGGGUUUCAAGGAUGAGAACAUCCUCACGUCGGAGAGAAUCGAUGUGCAACACGCCAACGAUACCACCUGGAAGGCCGAAAAGUACAACUUCUGGGGCUAUGCCGAUAAGGAAAUGGGCAGCUAUCUCAAGGACGCCAUCAUUAAAGCCGAGAAAAACCACGAGCGCCUUUUCAUUACUCACCUCACUGGUAUCACUCACCACCCCUGGGACCUCCCUCCGGGUGUUGAAUACCGCGAAAUGAUGGGAUCCGCGACGAACUCUUUCGGCGGCAAGAAUGACGGACUGAACCGGUACCUCAACACGAUCAACUUUAACGAUAAAUGGUACGCGAGAGUUCUGGAGAUCCUCGAGGAGACCGGCAUCGCCGACGAGACCCUCUUCAUCCUGACCGGUGACCACGGAAUUUCCCUUCUCGAAGAUGGCAACGUCACCCCCUACGACAACCCUCUCGUCACGAACUUCCACGUCCCUCUCGUCUUUGCACACCCCAAGCUUCCAGCCAUCGAACUGAACUCCUCCGUGACAUCCGUUCAAAUUCUGCCAACCAUCCUUGACCUGCUCAAGGAAUCCGGAUCUCUCGACGAGCACAGCACCCGAGCUAUCAGCGACCUCCUCCCCAUGUACGAAGGCCAGUCCAUCAUCCGACCGAUCAUCGAAAAGCAAGAUGGCAAGUCCUACUGGCAGUUCACAGUCAUGAACACCGGAGGCUCGAUGGUCGCCAUGCGUUCAGCCGAUAAAAAAUACCGCCUCAUCGUCCCUCUUGUCCCCGAAGUGGAGUGGCGCUUCACCGACGUUGGGAAGGACCCUCGAGAGGAAGAAGCCAUCAAGUCGUUCUCGUUGAACGUUCUCGUCUCCGCCAUCGCCACAAGACAUGGCAAGGAGGCCGUUGAGUGGACGCAUGACGCCGCUCGCGCGGCUCAAUGGUGGGUUAGCGAUAACUGGCGCCGGUACGAGUUUGAUCCGUCGACAUGA